AUGGCCGGGGUCUCGGCGGAGAAGAGCACGCUGCUUCAUCUGUUCGCCGGGGGAUGCGGAGGGACGGUGGGGGCCAUCUUCACCUGCCCUUUGGAGGUGAUCAAGACAAGGCUGCAGUCCUCAAGAUUGGCUUUCCGGGCUGUCUACUAUCCGCAGAUUCAUCUGGGCACGCUCAGCGGUGAAGGCGUGGUCCGCCCCACAUCUCUGCCCCCAGGUGUCCUCCAAGUGCUGAAGUCCAUUUUGGAAAAGGAGGGCCCAAAGUCACUUUUCCGUGGGCUGGGGCCCAAUCUGGUCGGAGUCGCGCCCUCCAGGGCUGUUUAUUUUGCGUGUUAUUCCCAGGCGAAGGAGCAAUUCAACCACGUCUUUGUACCCAACAGCAACAUCGUCCAUAUCUGCUCAGCAGCCUCCGCAGCUUUUGUGACUAAUUCCAUGAUGAAUCCCAUCUGGAUGGUGAAAACCAGAAUGCAGCUAGAAAAAAGAGUCCGCGGCUCAAAGCAAAUGAACACGCUGCAAUGCGCCAGGUACGUUUACCGCUCCGAAGGCGUCCGGGGUUUUUACCGAGGCCUCACCGCCUCCUACGCGGGCAUCUCCGAAACCAUCAUCUGCUUUGCUAUUUAUGAGAGACUGAAGCAGCUCUUAAAAGACCCCGCGCUGUCCCCUUUCACCGGAAACCCGGAGAACAAUUCCACCAAUUUCUUCGGAAUCACGGUUGCUGCCGCCAUUUCCAAAGGAUGUGCGUCGUGUAUCGCUUACCCACACGAGGUCAUCCGGACGAGGCUACGUGAGGAAGGAACUAAGUACCAGUCCUUCAUCCAGACGGCCCGGCUGAUAUUCCAGGAAGAAGGAUAUUGUGCUUUUUAUCGCGGACUCUUUGCCCAGCUUAUGAGGCAAAUCCCAAAUACGGCUAUCGUCCUGUCCACCUACGAAUUGAUUGUGUAUCUAUUAGAAAAGCAAGUUAAGUAGCUGUCCGAAGCCAGACCGUAUGCAGCCAGUAACAAAGCAAAAAUAGCACGACGAUUGUGGGACAGUUCACACAACACACUAGAAAAAAAAACAAAACUUUGAAACGGACAGUCUGUUUUGGCUGGAUGUUUUUUUUUUCCCUUUUAAGGAAGGGGCAUUUUUCCUCUCUACACCCCCUUUUUCUGUACAAUUUCCCUUCCAGCAUCUUUGUUUUUAAAGGUACGUAUGUU